AUGUCAUUCCAAAUUCACGUCAUCGCGGACAUCAAACCCACACAAACCGGACCGGAUCCACGUCCAACCACCGAGUCCUGGGAGCAAUACAUGACACGUUUAGGUCUUCCGUCUAACGCGAAGCCGCUAGACUUUCCUGAUGAAGCGGCGAGGUAUGAUACUAGUGUUACUGUUGCGGAGGACUACGCUGCGCAUUUGAAAGCUCAGAGGGAGAUGUUGAGGGAGAGGGCGGCGAGGGCUAGGGCGAAGGCGGUGAGGGAGAAGAUGGAGAUGGAGGAGAGGGAAAGGCUAGAGGCUGAGGCGGAAGAAGCGAGGGUGCGGAGGUAUGAGGAAGAGGGAGAAGAAGAAGAAGAAGAAGAAGGGGACGCAGAUGCAGAAGGGGCGAAUAAAGGCAGUGGUACUAUUGUCGCGGAUAGGGAGGGUAAUGAGGUGUCGAAGCGACGGAAUGUCUUUGACCUCAUCUCCCACCUCGCCACCCUCACCAACAGCGCCCUCGACGGCAUCGUCGCCACCUUGUUCACCUACUACACCCACCACGCCGACACAGAAGUCCAAGACCUCCACAGAACCAUGUCUUCACUCCAGGCAGACAAGACAGAACUACGCCACCAACUUCUGCAACACCAAAUCCAGAACGGGCAUGCCAUCUCUGAGCUUCGGGCAGAGAAAAUGGAGUUGAGCCAACAGGUUCAGGUGCUCCAGGCGCAGCUUCAAACAGAAGAUUGGACAAGGAUUUCGGAGCUGAGAGAAGAGAUGGAAGGGUUACGGGGGGAGCUGAGGGAACGCGAUGGGAGGAUUGUGGGGCUGGAGGAGAAGUAUGACCGGCUUGCGAGAGAACGGCGCGGAAAGGUUUGGGGUGUGGUACGCAGCGGGCUGUGUUUGGGGAUGUAG